AUGGAGAAGACGGCUGUGACCUGUGUGUCCUGGCUGCCUCGUGGCACCUGCACUGGACGCCUCACGGGCGCCCAGCAGGAGGAGGAUGAUGACGACGCGAUGAGGGAGGCCGCGGACCUGAACGACUCCCUUGCGCGCGGAUCGGUUCCUGGUUUGGAGGAGUUCGACAUGGAGAACUAUGAUAACGAGGCUGAUGAAGGCAUGCAGUUCUUUUCCGUUCUCGAUGCCGAUGGCGAGUUGGCACGAGAGAAGGACCCACACAUGACCGGAAACCCAGACUCGGACUCAGACUCCGAAGGCGACGUGGAAAUCCGACAGGACGACCACGUCUUCGUCGCAGCAUCAUGCGAGGAAGACAGCUGCACCUUAGAGGUGUAUGUCUUCGAGGAGGAUGAGGUGAACAUGUAUGUGCAUCAUGAAAUUAACCUUGCAGCCUACCCACUCUGUGUGGAAUGGAUGGGCCGAACAUCGUCCAGCGACAGUGGCUGCUUCGCUGCCGUCGGGUCGAUUGAUCACUCCAUCCAGCUGUGGAAUUUGGAAGAGAUGGAUCCUCUCGAGCCCGCUCAAGUGCUGGGGUCCCGGAAGGCAUCCAAAGCCAAGAGCAAGGCAAAGAGGAAGAAGAAGCCCAUGGGGCCAAGCGAGGUGAAGGCGCAUGAUGGGCCGGUACUGUGCUUGCACGCCAGUGCUUUCAACCCCUCCGUCCUCGCGAGCGGAUCAGCUGACGAAACGCUCAAGGUGUGGGACGUCAGUGAUGGGUCCUGUGCGCAUACUUUCAAGCACCAUUCCGACAAGGUACAGUGCGUGAGGUGGCACCCAACUGAGCAAGCAGUACUUCUCACAGCCGCCUUUGACCGGCAGCUGGGCUUGCUGGACGUUCGCCAACCGAAGCAGGCGGCCAUGGCUUCGCUGUCGGGCGAGGCGGAAUGCGCCAUUUGGAGUCGGCACCAACCUUUCCAGUGCCUCGCGAGCACGGACAGCGGAGGAGUUUGCUGCUACGAUGUCCGGAGAAUCGCAUCGAAGGCCAAGGAUCAGGUGCUGUGGACCCUGAUGGCGCACGACGUUGCUUGCACGAGCAUUCAGGAUGCACCGUGUCCGGAUCUCUUGGUCACUGCAGGCCUGGAUGGCCACGCCAAGGUGUGGAACGUCGCGGGAGCGGGCCCCCAAAUGGUUUUGAGCAAGAACUUGCAUGCGGGCCCGAUCUUCACGUGCCAGAGCAAUGCGGACAUGCCUGGCCUCAUGUGCUUCGGCGGGAAGUGCCCGGUAAUGUGGGACUUGUCAAGCGAACAAAUUCUCCUUGAUGCGUUCAAGCUGGAGUCCAAGUAA